CGCGUAUUUUAUAACAAUUUAAGUAAGAUUAGUGUAAACAUUAUACAAGAUUAUAAGUUUUCAUAAAAAUAAGAUUUGUAGGCGUACUUUAUUUGUUGCCCAAGCUGACCAAAUUACUUAUCUCUCUUACUCAAGCUGCCCAAUCUGCCCGUUGCUGACCACUUUCACUCUCUCUCUCUCUGAAGAUGCCCUUUCGUAGCUCUCUAGCUCUCACGCACGCAAAAAAAAUCUCCCCUUUUGACUAAAACUUUCUCCACCAAUUUGUUUUCUUUUGUUCUUCCUUCUCUUCUUUGUCCCCAAUUAAGGAGCUCAAAUUCACUUCUACUGAACUGGGUUUUACCAUUUGCUUUUGAUCUUUGGUUUCUGUUCGAUUUUGGAGGAAAAAAGGAUCAAACUUUAUAUUAAGAGAGAAUUGGGUUUCGUUGAUCUUCAUCUUUCUAUUGAUUUCAUUAUCUGGGUUUGAUCAAAGUUUUGUUUUUUGGUACAUAAAUAUGUGAUCAGAGAGAGUGAUCUACUCUAGGGUUGAUUCGCUUGACUUUUUUUGGUUUUUGAAUUAUUGGUGUUUGUGUGUUGGCUAUGGUGAUUUGAUUUGGAAUUAGGGUUCAUGGCUACAAAGUUAGAGUCUUUUAAGGUGGUGGAGAAAUUGGGUGUUGAGAAAGGUGAAAAAGGGAAGAUGAUGAGUAAAAAAAAGAAUGUUAAGAAAGAUGGAGAUGAGAGUGAAAGUGGGUUUUGGUUUAGAUUCAAGUUUAUCUUUAGUUGUAUCUCUUCUAGAUCAAAAGUUGAUAGUUCCAUGAAUGCUACUGCUGUUAUUGGUAUAAUCUCUUUCUCCCUUGUAUACAUAUCAUAAAGUUUAAAGUUUGUUUGUAUUUAUGUUUUUGUGUAGAUGACAAAGUUGCUUUGAGAUUGUUGUUGAGAUUAUUAUCUUUUGCUGACGCUUGAUUCUAUAACAAGCCUUCAUUUCUAGCGUGUAGUAUCCUACAAUCUGUCCCGUGUUUCUGUCUAUCUGCUUCACCUUUUAUCUUACUGCUUGAGUGUGGGACUUGGUUUCGUCUAUACUUCAAUUCUUUAGUGCUCACUUUCUUUUGUUAUAUAUAUUUUACAGCAGAACCUAAGAAAGUUAUUGAGAAGCUUGAAGGUCAUCCAGCUCCGACUAAAGACACUGGCUGUGCGGAGAGCGGUUCCUCAACACCUCUAAUGAGCGGGGAAUUGAAGUAUUCUUCUAAGCUACGGAUUUUCAUGUUUAACGACCUUAAGUUAGCCACUAGGAAUUUCAGACCAGAGUCUCUUCUCGGUGAGGGUGGGUUUGGAUGUGUUUUUAAAGGAUGGAUAGAGGAGAAUGGAACUGCACCUGUCAAGCCUGGUACUGGUCUAACUGUAGCUGUCAAAACACUGAACCCAGAUGGCCUUCAAGGUCACAAGGAGUGGCUGGCUGAAAUUAACUUCCUUGGAAACCUUGUUCACCCCAGUCUGGUUAAAUUAGUUGGCUACUGCAUGGAAGAAGACCAAAGGCUGCUUGUUUACGAGUUUAUGCCACGAGGAAGUUUGGAGAACCAUCUUUUCAGAAGGACCUUACCUCUCCCUUGGUCUGUUCGAAUGAAAAUUGCACUUGGUGCAGCUAAAGGUCUCGCCUUUCUUCACGAAGAAGCUGAGAAGCCAGUCAUAUAUCGAGAUUUCAAAACAUCUAAUAUUUUACUGGAUGGGGAAUAUAAUGCAAAGCUCUCUGAUUUUGGGCUUGCAAAAGAUGCUCCAGACGAGAAAAAAUCCCACGUAUCAACCCGAGUCAUGGGAACUUAUGGUUAUGCUGCCCCUGAAUAUGUAAUGACUGGACAUCUGACAACGAAGAGCGAUGUAUACAGUUUUGGAGUAGUUUUACUUGAAAUAUUAACUGGACGAAGAUCUGUGGAUAAAAGUCGGCCGAACGGGGAACAGAACUUGGUAGAAUGGGUGAGACCUCAUCUCUUAGACAAGAAAAGGUUUUACCGGCUAUUAGAUCCUCGGUUAGAGGGUCACUACUCGAUCAAAGGUGCUCAGAAAGCCACACAAGUAGCGGCGCAAUGCCUUAACCGAGACUCCAAAGCCAGACCGAAAAUGAGUGAAGUUGUGGAAGCCUUAAAGCCAUUACCAAAUCUUAAAGACUUUGCUAGCUCUUCUUCUUCUUUCCAAACAAUGCAGCCUGUUGCUAAGAACGGAGUCAGAACACAAGGAGGAGGGUUUGUGUCGAGAAAUGGACCGCCAAUGAGGAGUUUGUCUAGCUUAAACUUGCCUCAAGCAUCCCCUUAUCGUUAUGCCCGUCAAUCACCAAAGCCUAAAGGAAAAGAGCCAUGACUCCAAAAUAGAUAUUAAUUUAGUUCUUCAUGUCUGACCAAGGUUUACUGAUUUGAGCUGUAUGUUCAGCUUUCUGUUUCAUCGAUCCUUUCCGACUCAAGACGGGGGCUGCAGCCUUUUACUCAGAUCAAAAAGAUGGUCUGUGGGAAACUGAAGCCUGGCAAGUUUGGAACGUUUCGGAUCCUGGUUUGUGUUCUUUGAGUUGAAAAAAUAUCUUUGGUCCUGAAGGUCUUAUGAUUUUGAUCUUAUGAUGAUUUUAAUGUGUAGAAGAUGUAAAGUUUGAGAGUGUAAAGUUUCCAUAAAUGAUAAAAACCAGUUGUCUGUAAAACCUUAUGUAAUAUAUGUUCUGAUAUGUAUUGAUUUUUCAUCUUUAACUUGUUUAAAUUAUAAC